CCUUAUGUUAGUAACUAAAACUAUUGAUUAGAAUUGAUGGCGCAUUAAUCUCCCCAUUCAAGAUAAGGACAAAACCUCACCACCUAUCUAUUAAUACAACACUCCACCACAACUUACCUAACUCAUCAUUCAUUCCUCUCUCUCCCAAACAUGGAUCGACGAAAUCAACAUUAAUCCAUCGAUUUUGUUAAUUAAUUAGACAAAUCUAACUUGUAAGCUAGAAAUGAAGUUUUUGCUCGAAUUGGUGGCUUGUUGCGGAUCAUCGUCGGAGGAGGAGAGGCGGCUGCCGGAGGAUGCGCGGUUGUUGGUGGCGCGGCGCGGCGGCCGGGAGUGGCGGCCUUCGCUGUCGUCGAUAUCGGAGGACGUGCUAACGGCGAGGAGGAUUAAUAGUAGUAAUGUUCAACAGCCGGCGAAGGGGUGGCACCGCAGCCUCAAGAGAAAGGUCGCCGCCAUUCCCCAGAGAGAUCGCCGCCGGUCUCCCGCUCACGAUGAUUUCCGGAGGGCCCACAUGUCAACCGUAAUGCCAACUUUUUCACCUGCGGCCAUCAUGUUUUGAAGCAGUCGUUUAACAUCAACCCAAUCUAAUUUGCAUUUGUAUACUCUGAUGUGUCUCAUAGAAUAUAAUUUAUGCCUACCACUUGUUUCAAUCUCUGUAAAUAUGAAUACCAUAAAACUUUCUACUCCAUUUCUUUGUCAAUAUGUUUUUUCUGGCGUUAGAUUUUGGGUUCAGCUAUUAAAGUUCUUCUAUGGAACUCCCUCGUUCCAUAUUAAAACUCAGAUUUGGUGUGAGCACGGAUUUUAAAAAAUAUAAAGAAUAGAGAGCUGGAAAAGUUAGCGGAAUAUGAAAUCCACUUUUUAUAUUGGAAAAGUUAGUGAAAUCUGGGACAUACUUACUUGUGAAAUGUGACUCUUAUUGUGGAACUUGUCGAAAUGGCAAAAUAUGACUCUUAUUGUCGGACAGAAGGAAUAGUAUCAUACUGAUACGAGAUAUCUCAUAUCUCCAUAUCUGUAUUAAUUUAUCUAUCACUUAUUUUCCAUAUCUUUCCAUAUAUGCUUAUGAUUAUUUUCUUGAUCACUAAGUUAGGGUGUUAGAGAAUUAGUAUUAUAAAUAGGACUCUUUGUUCUCUUUUUAUUCAAUCAAUGAAAUAACAUAUUUUUCCUAUCUUUUUCAUCUUCUUUGUUUCACAACCCUAGUUCGGAGCUGAUCCCGGGGAAAGCCAGAGACGUCCACUUUUAUCCCUCCGUCGCCGACCUCUCGUCGUCGCCGGAAUCUUGUUAAGGGAGUGCACCCUUAACAAUUGGUGCUUUCAUUCCAUGCUCAUCCUCCACAAUCGACGCAUCUUGACGAAGGAGAUCUCCACGAUGGAAGUCACCAUUUUCACUCUCCAUCUAUGUAUCCAACGGGGACCUUUGGACAGCCGCGAUAUACAACAGUCGGGUACUCGUACAACCCAUGGCAGCCCGUAUAUCAAUCCCCAAGUCCGAUUCCCUUGUCCGAUGAGCAGCCGCUGUUAGAUCAUCAAUCAUCCGAUUGGCGAUGCCACCUACAGCAACUACCAUACCAGCCGGACGGGCACCAACAGCGUCACCCCUACCACGCCCGACAGCCCACUAGCUGGGACCUACCAUGGAUGCGCCAGACCGCCACAUAUCAACAACCGCCAUCCUAUGAGCUAGAUACGUACUCUCCACCACCGCCCGAACGUCGUCCUACUUGCUGGGACCCACCUGCCUACUGGGAGACACUGAGAUAACGCCCCUUCCAUGAGGUCUCGGCAUACGAUCAGUCGCUCCCCCCAACCAUAACUCAGGAUGGAAUCAGCCCGCGCCGCAGCCACCUCGUUCAGCCACCACAACGCCAAACCCGAUUGAAGCGAUGCUUGAACAAUUAUUGGAGGCGUGCAAAAGGAUGGAGUCUCGCUUUGAUGAAAUCGACCGCCGCAUCGACAACGAUGCAGUUUAUGGCAGUUUAGAAUCCAUGAAUGAGUUCAUUCCUGAUGAAGUUGUUGUCACUUGCCCUAUGAAUUUCGAUAUGGUAAUGCUUGAGGACAAUAAAACCAAUGAUGGUGGUGACCAGCCCAUGGAUUCUGGUGAUCAUCCAAUGGAAUCUGGAGGAGAUGCUCCUCAAGUACCAGUGGAGAAGAAAAUGACCGAUGCAUUGCUUGAUGUUGAUAUUACAAUGCUUGAGGUCAUGGAAAGGGUAGAUGAAGACUCUCUUCUGUUUCAUGCGAAUGGUUCUCAUUUGGGGACCAUGUUGCUAGUGUCACGGUGGCUUUCUAUGGAGCCAAAUGAAGAAUAUUAUUGGACUAAGCAGUCUGGUAUAUUUGAUCUAGGAGGAAAUAUCUCCCAAAGUUCUGAUUGGAAGAAGUCUGAAUCAUUUAUUGGAACGAAAAUAAUAAUUCAGAUACGUUGUCACGUGAUAGUCGAUUAUGGGCGUACAAAACAACAAUCUUUUGCAGUUGAUCCAGGAGGGGAGGUCUCGCCAAAGCUUGUGUUCACGAUGCUCUUCAUUGUGUCGUGGUUUCCACCUUGAGGACAAGGUGGAUUUCAACCGUAGAGAAGUUGAUACGAGAUAUCUCCAUAUCUCUAUUAAUUUGUCUAUCAAUUAUUUUUCAUAUCUUUCCAUAUAUGCUUAUGAUUAUUUUCUUGAUCACUAAGUUAGGGUAUUAGAGAAUUAGUA